CAUGUCCACCCUCCAGGAGAUAAACAGCUACCUGUUGAAAGAAUGCCCUGAUGAGUACCCUAAGCUUCCGGCCACGGACCGGUUCACAUUCAUUAACACACCGUGUCAGCUUGCUGACGGAGAUGUUGGAGACAAGCGCCCAGAACACCUUUGCAAUUUCCAGCUUCGACUCGGAGUGAGUGAUGGAGAAUACACUUCAGGGCGUCCGGUGUAUCUAUGCCUGGGAGGUGCCGGCUACAACGAGAUUUUCCUGAGCUGUGAAGCAAGGCUGUACAAGCUCGCUGUCGAAAACUUGAGUCAUGUGCGUCUUGAACAAGCAUAUCGAAAUCUACUUCUGUGUGAGAUGGAUACACGGGCUGCUGAAGAGGUGGAGAAAAGCAGAUUGAAAGCAUGGGCAUGCUACAUGUUCCUCAGAGCUGGACACAUACCGACUCUACAACCAUAUGUCAGGUUGCUGGAUGAACUAAGGUACGCAUGCACCUGGAUGGCAAGGGAAUAUGGUGUUAAAGUGAAGACUGCACGCCAGAAAGCAGCCGUGCAACGCAAAAAAGAAGAAGCUGCCGAAUCAAGGUUGGCAGAGCAGGACCGCAGCAAUUCCAGUGCAAAUAGUUACAGCCAAGAAGACCCCACGGACAUCCAAAGCCCUGCAACGACCUCAGGUACUCGCGAUCAAUCAACGAAUGCGGCCGAACAGCCAGGACCAUCCGCCGUCAAGCGCGAAAACGAUGACAAUGAAACCGACAACAUGUCAUCCCGUCCUCCUAAGAGACAGCACCUCGAUCAGAGCUUGGCGAAACUUCUUGACCGCCAUGGAGCGCUUGGACACGAUCUUCAAGCAUUUGAGCGCGAGUACGCCAGUUUUGGAAAUGACACUGAAUUAGUGGGUCAGCUCAAGCACGACAACUCACAGCACGUGGCGAAAAUUACAAAGCUCGAGCGACAGUUGCUUCUUCAGGUGAAGGAAAUAGAAAAGUUGAGAACAGCCUCGCGGGAAAUGGAGGAGAGUGUCCGUUUGGGCGUGCAGAAUACGGAGAGAGAGAAAGCUGCUCGAGAUGCUGAGGCUGAACUCAGGAAGAAGGCAGAAGAUCGGUUCACCGAUCCAACAUCAAAAACAUUCAGCACCAACACCGAGAUGACCAGUACGAGUGCUGACUGCGGUAUCGUCCUCGCUGCCACGAGUGACCAAGCCAUGGAUCAUACCGCCUCCACCACCUCCUACCCCAAGAACAUCACCCUAGACAUCGGCGGUCGCAAUUUCAAGACCUCGAUCGACACCCUUCGCGCUGAGUCCGAAUACUUCAGAACGCAGCUAUCCGAUCGUUGGACAUGGCCUCUCGAAGACGACGGAUCCUACUUCUUGGAUGCCGACCCCGAGCUGUUCGCUCAUCUGCUCACCUUCAUGCGCCGUCCAGGGACGUUUCCACUUUUCUACGAUACCGCUAAGGGCUUCGAUUUCGACUUGUACAACAAGCCUGAGACAGAGGCGGAGUACUUCCAAGUCGAUAAGCUGCACGAGUGGAUCAAAAACAAGAAGUACAUCCAAGCCGUCAACACGCAGCUCACUUCGGCCACUUUGGUGAACAUUAAGAGCGCCAUGCAGCUGCAAGCCGAGAUCAGCAAAGGUGGAGAAUUACACAUCACUCCUUGCACUAGGAAGGUGUAUCUUUGCCCGCGCCAGAUCACGGCUCAUCGCGGUCAUGCUGAGCAGUGUGGUGGGGCGUGUCAUAGACGUCAGGCGGAGAACGAUGUGGUAUAUGAAGAUGAGCCUUAUUGGCAAGUCUUGAGCUUCGAGAAGAAGACUUUGCUCGACGAGAAGGUGUGUAGGAUUGGAUGA